UUAUCGAAACAAACUCCCAAACAAAGAUGGCUGUUUCGCGGUUACAGUGCUUCACAGGCACGCUGUAUAUACUUUGGGCUUUACUGAAGAUGUAUGCCGUCGGCACACUGGCCCUUGUGAGACAAAUUUUGCAGAGACAUAAACCUGCCAAAGAUUUACGCCUUCACACAGGCAAGGUAGCCAUCGUGACGGGAGGCUCUGGCGGCAUUGGGUUUGAGGUGUCCAAGGGUUUGGUGGCCAAGAAUGUCCACGUCUUCAUAGCAUGCAAAUGUGUUGCUGAAGGAAGGAUGGCUAUUGACAAGAUCAGAGAGGAAUUUCCAAAUGCUAAAGUUGAUUUCUUGGAACUGGAUUUGUCAUCAUUAGUGUCGGUCAAUACGUUUGUCGACAACUUCCUUGCUAGAGGGCUCCCGCUGCAUAUUCUGAUUAACAAUGCUGGCGUGAUGUUUAAGCCCUACCAAGAGACUGAGGACCAGAUGGAAUAUCACUUCCAAGUGAACUACUUGGGACAUUUAUAUCUUACAAAACUGUUGCUAUGGAAAUUGUGUGAAUCAGGGGCAGAUAACUCGUACUCCAGGAUUAUAAAUGUGUCCUCUAUUGUACAGUGUGUGGGAUGCAUUGAUAUUGAAAGACUAGGAGAAACGUGUAUCCACUGGUCCCAAUAUUCGCCACAUGCGGCAUAUGCAGACUCGAAGUUGGCUAUUGUCAUAGCUACAUAUUCUCUAGAUACUAAGCUAAGGAGAGAUACCUCUAAAGUGUCUAUAAAUGCAGUCCACCCGGGUAUAGUCAACACCCCCCUGUACAGACAUGUUCACUGGGGGAUAAAGUGGUUACUAGACUUUGUAGCCAGAUUAACAUACAAGACACCAGUACAGGGUGCAGAUGGGAUCCUUUUCCUGGCUUUAUCUGACAGCUUAGAGGGAAAUAGUGGUGGUUACUAUGACAAUUGUUCUAAAGUUUCCUCAAAAGGAAUAUCAUAUAAUACAGACUUACAGGAAAGAUUGUUAAGGAAAUCCGAAGAAAUUUUACAAGUCAUUGUAAAUCGAACACUUUAUGGAAAUCAAGAUUGAAAAUAAAACAAAAAAGGCCAAAGAAAA